AUGCAGCAGCAGCAGCAGCAGCAGACGGGCCCCAGGACCCCCUGGGCUUUCCUGGGGCCCCACAGGGGAGAUGCUGCUGCUGCUGCUGCACCGCAUGCAUACAAACAGCAGCAGCAGCAGCAGCACCAUCACCACCACCACCAUCACCACCAUAGGGAGGUCCACGAGGAGGACCAUCUGCUGCAGCAGCACAGACAGGUCCAGCUGCUUGAGGAGCUGGCGCAGCAGCAGCGGGUGCAACGGCAGCGGGUGCAGCAACAGCAACAGGAGCGACUGCAGCGGGAGCGGCUGCAGCAGCAGCAACAGCAGCAGCAGCAGCAGCAACAGCAAUGUAUUUAUGCCAGCAACGCGGCAGAUCGCCACGUUUCCCUUGUGCAGGGAGAAAGGUGGGGCUCCGUUGGCUAUGAGCAGCAGCAGCAGCAGCAUCACCGGCAGCAGCAGGAGCAGCAGCAGUGGCCACGCUAUGAACAGCCUCCACUGCAGCAGCAGCAAGAACAGCAGCAGCAGCAGCAGCAGCACCUUGUAGGUUUUGCUUCUGAUGGUAUGCAGGAAGCUGCGCAUCCAAGUAAGGCGAGCUCAAAGCAGCAGCAGCAGCAGCAGCAACAGCAGCAACAGCAGCAACACCUGCCGUAUACUGCCACUCCGUGGGCAACACAUACAACACAUAACAGCAGCAGCAGCAGCAGCAGCAGCAGAAGCAGCAGUUCGGGUGCCCCUCAGUGGGCAGAUUACCGGCAGCAGCAGCUGCUGCAGCAGCAGCAGCAGAGGGAAGUUAUUGUUAUUGAUGAUGACGCUGAGGAACAGUACAUACACUGCGUUAGCUCGAGCAGCAGCAGCAGCAACAGCUGCAGCAGCAGCAACAGCUGCAGCAGCAGCAGCAGCUACAGUGGGACAGGGAUGCAGCGUUUUGCUGCAAGGACUCCGUGGGUAAGCAACAGGUCCGGCAGCGACAGCAGCAGCAGCAGCAGCAACAGCAGCAGCAGCAGCAGCAACAGCAGCAGCAGCAGCAGCAACCACAGCAGCGCGUCUCCAGCUGCAUCCUUUGGAGGGAGACAGCAUCACAAUUCUUAUAGAGGCAGCAAGCAUCAGCAAGAGCAGCAGCAGCAGCAGCAACAGCAGCAGCAGCAGCAGCACAGCUCGCCUCAUACAGAAGCUGACAGAGGGGGAAGCUUCCGGCGCAACAAGAGCAGCAGCAACAGCAGCAGCAGCAGCAGCAGCAGCAGCAGCAGCAGCAGCAGCAGCAGCAGCAGCAGCAAGAAUGAGGUCAGAGGCAAGAGAAGGAGGAGUGACAGCAACAGCAACAACAGCAAUAGCACUAGCAGCAACGGCAGCAGCAGCACCAGCAGCAACGGCAGCAGCAGCAGCAGCAGCAACGAGGCGGAUGCUCCUUUGUUUGAAUUGGAGGUCGAAGGGGAUUCAUCCCUUGAGGCUUUGCUGCAGCCAUCUGCAGCAGACAGCCAGCAGCAGCAGCAGCAGCAGCAGCAAGGGAGGCAGCAGCACUAUAGGAGACAUGGUCGCUAUACUCAGGACACAGCAGCAGAUACAGCAACAGCAGCAGCAGCAGCAACGAGCUGCUGCACCACGAUAAAUUUUGCUGCAGGGAGGGCAGCAGCAGUAGCAGGUGCAGCAGCAGCAGGAGGUGCAGCAUUUGCUGCUGGAUUUGAUUUGCUGCUGCAGCGUCUGUCUAAGGAGUUGCAGGCUGAUGGAGUGCUGGUGCCGCUGCAGCAGCAGCAACAGCAGCAGCAGCAGCAGCAGGGGGAAACUCCAGAAGCAGCAGCAGCAGCAGCUGGAGAAGCUGCAGCAGACAGCAGAACGGAUGAAACCCCUAGCACUACGCAGAGCAGCGACAGCAGCAGCAGCAGCAACGGCAACAGCAGCAGCACCGACAGCAGCAGCAGCAGCAGCAGCAGCAGCAAGGGGGAGACCGAACCAUGUGUGUAUAGCAUCGAUAGGAAGGCGUUGCAUGCAGUACUGAAGCAGCAGCAACUGCAGCAGCAGCAGCGGCAAGGUUCCUUCUUCCCUGCUGCUGCUGCAGCAAGAAGGCAUGCAGCAGCAGAAAGAUAUUUUACUGCUGAUCUAAGAGAAGAAGCAGAUGAACGCAUGCGAGCUGCUGCUGCUGCUGUUGCUGCUGCUGCUGCAGGCAGCCCACAAAUGCAGCCCCAAGAUACCGCGCAGCAGCAGCAAGACGAGAAGCAACAGCAGCAGGAGCAGCAGCAAAAAGAUCUGCAGAAGCAAGAGGAGAAGCAACAGCAACAAGACCAACAACAGCAAGAGAAGCAGAAACAACAGGAUGACCAGCAGCAGCAGCAGCAAGAUGAGCAGCAACAGCAGCAGGAGGAAGACAAGCAGCAGCAGGAAGACGAUCAGCAGGAAGAACAAGACGAUGAGCAGCAGCAGCAACAGCAAGACGAUCAGCAACAGCAGAAACAACAAGACGAACCACAGCAACAGCAGCAGCAGGAGCAGCAAGACAAGCAGCAGCAGCAGCAGCAGCAGCAGG